GACGAGGGGCCGGCCUGGCUCGUUGUCAUGGCAACAAAUUCCGGAAACAAGAGGCGCACUGCGGGCCUUCGAGCGGAGAGGGAGAGAGAAGAUGGCGCAUUACCGGGCUGGUGAUUCCCGUAGAGAGCAAUUUCGUAGAUACUUAGAGAAAGGUGGUGUACUGGAUACACUUACAAAAGUGCUGGUUGCCCUCUAUGAGGAGCCGGAGAAGCCCAACAAUGCAAUGGAUUUUUUGAAACAGCAUUUGGGAACAUCAGGCCCCGAGACUGCAGAUGUAGAAACACUGCGACUUGAAGUGAUAGAACUAAGACAGAAAUAUGAAUUGCUGCUGGAAGAAAAUAAGGAAUUGAAAGCGAAGCUUGCACAGUUCGAACCCCCAAAAGAGGAAGGGCAACCUGAAUAAUAAGUCAAGACUUCCCGCAUUAUCAGAAGAACGCAUGAAAGGGAUCUGUUAAAAUCAUCUGGAGAAUUGGCACCUAUUCUGGGAGAAAUACAGCCAAUCCUUUUUGAGAUUGCACAUGCCAAAAAAAGUUACUUUCAACUAAUGAUGAUGCCAUGGUUUAUGCCUGUCUGAAAUGAAGCAUUUGGAACUAGAUAUUCAGGAUUUUUACAAAAUGCAUUUAAAUUCUACACAAACUUUGAUUCAGAAAUAGCCCUUCAGUCCGUGCACAUGUUUCAUUCUUGGAGCACUGUUGGAUCUUAAAUUUAAUAUUGGCAUGAUGUUACCAGAGAUCUGAGACAAAUUUUAGUAACUUUGUUCGACCAAACAUGUUUGUUAAAGUCAUUUUGCACUUUGUGGGGAGCUAUACUAAACAAUUUUGUCUUGCACAUCCUGUUAGUUUGGGGGCAUGGAGAGAUAUUAGCUAGGGGUUAACAGCUUUAAGUAACAUUAGGCCAAUAGAAUCUGCAUUCUGUUCACAAGCCAAACUGAACAAGUGGAACUUGGCAGCAGUCAAGUUUGAAUAUUGACCUUGUUGGAUGGUUUCUUGUCAUUGUGCCAGUAUUUUGGAGGAAAGCUGGAAAUCAGGCAAUGAUCCACGAACACCACACUGAGCACUGAUGCGUUUGAUCAGCAAACUGUACUAAUACUGAAAACAGGCCCAUUUGGCUCACUUAAUGUACAAGGUUUUUUUUCUAGUUGUACAGGAGUUCAAUUUUUCCUUUUUUGUAUUUACUCAAUAAAUUUUUUUGCACAUCA